GCGCCGUCAGUCGGCAACAGGAAGUAGCUUGAAUGGCUGGACGUCGUUAACCGCGGUUACUGGAGCUGCCGCUUUUUAGGUCACAUCGAGGAGUCAGUUGGCCUUUGUAUCAGCUUCAGGGAAGUUGCAAUGCGUCGAAUAAAGAAUACGGACGCUCUCAUUUGUAUAUUCGUCUUUGUAAUUUCGGCAGUGUCGUACUGGGUUGAGGCCCAGCAUUGCGUGUGGUAUGGCGAGUGUGGGAAUUCCACCAGUGUCCCAGGGAAGAAGUACAACUGCAACUAUACAGGCCCUCCUCUGCCCUUGCCUGAGGAUGGUCAUGACCUGCUGCUGGAGCUGUGUCCUGGAUUCGCCUAUGGCAAUGACAGUGUCUGCUGUGACAUCCAGCAACUCCAGACUCUGAAAGGCAACCUUCAGCUGCCGCUCCAGUUCCUUUCUAGGUGUCCUGCCUGUUUCCACAACCUCAUGAACCUCUUCUGUGAGCUCACCUGCAGCCCGCGCCAAAGCCAGUUCCUCAGUGCGACAAGUUUCUCUUACAAUAAUGUGACCAACACAACCAGCGUGGAGGCAGUGCAGUACUACAUUGGACAAACCUUUGCCAAUGCGAUGUACAAUGCCUGCAUGGAUGUUCAAGCACCCUCCAGCAAUGUGAAGGCACUCUCCCUUCUCUGUGGGAAGGAUGCAAAGGACUGCAAUGCUACCAACUGGAUCCAGUACAUGUUCAACAUCAACAAUGGCCAGACACCCUUCUCAAUCACCCCCAUCUUUACAGAUGUCCCCAUGGCCAACAUGACCCCGAUGACCAAUGCUACACGUGGCUGUAACGAGUCGCUGGCUGAUGGCUCGGGACCCUGCUCCUGCCAGGACUGCAAAUUAGUGUGCGGACCCAUGCCAGUGCCGCCCCCUCUGCCACUGCCCUGGACCAUCCUGGGCAUGGAUGCCAUGGCAGUAAUCAUGUGGAUCUCCUAUGUGGUUUUCCUGCUUAUCUUCAUUGGUGGAGUGCUGGUGACUUGGUGCUACAGGAAAAGGGCUAUAAUGUCUGAGUAUGGGCCCAUUCUGGACAGCAACACUCACUCCUUGAACAGACACAUCACUGACCAGGAUGAGGUGACGUGCUGUGAGACCUUGGGUCAAGCAUUUGAGGUGUGUCUGCGGAACUACUUCAGCGUGUGGGGCUCAUUCUGCGUGCACCAUCCACUCGUCAUUGUCCUCUGCAGCCUGGUGCUGGUGACGGCCUGCUCCAGUGGCCUGGUGUACAUGCGUGUCACCACGGACCCUGUGGAGCUGUGGUCAUCGCCACGCAGCCAAGCGCGCCACGAGAAGGAGUACUUCGAUAUGCACUUUGGGCCCUUCUUUCGCACAGAGCAGCUUAUCAUCACCACAACGCUGGACUCUGCCUCAAUCUACUCACCCUACUUUGGGGGGCCUGAUGUCCCCUUUGGAGCCCCCCUGGACAAGGGUGUCCUGCACCAGGUGUUAGACUUCCAGACAGACAUUGAGAACCUGGAAGCUAGCUAUGGCAACGAGACGGUGAAGCUGAAGGACAUCUGCUUGGCCCCGCUAGCUCCUUACAACAACAACUGCACCAUCCUGAGCGUUCUGAACUACUACCAGAACAGCCAUGAGGUACUGGACCACUGGAAAGGAGAUGACUUCUUCACCUAUGCCGACUAUCACAGCCACUUCCUGUACUGCGUCAGUGCCCCUGCGUCUCUGAAUGAUACCGGACCCCUUCAUGAUCCCUGUCUGGGGACAUUUGGUGGCCCUGUGUUCCCCUGGCUGGUUCUUGGAGGCUACGAUGCUACCAACUAUAACAAUGCCACAGCCCUCGUGAUCACCUUCCCUGUGAACAACUACCACAACGAUACAGAGAAGCUGAACAAGGCCCUGGCGUGGGAGGCAGAGUUUAUUAGGUUUGUGAAGAACUAUACAAACCCCAACCUGACAAUUUCCUUCUCUGCGGAGAGGAGCAUCGAAGACGAGAUCAACCGCGAGAGCAACAGUGACGUGAGCACCAUCAUCCUCAGCUACGCCAUCAUGUUCAUCUACAUCUCUCUGGCGCUGGGCCACAUCAACCGCUGCCGACGCCUGCUGGUGGACUCAAAGAUCUCACUGGGCGUUGCUGGCAUUUUCAUCGUGCUCAGCUCUGUAACCUGCUCCCUGGGCAUCUUCAGCUAUGCAGGUGUACCUCUCACACUCAUCGUCAUUGAGGUCAUCCCCUUCCUGGUGCUGGCUGUGGGCGUGGACAACAUUUUUAUCAUUGUGCAGACCUACCAGCGGGAUGAGCGCAUGCUCCAGGAGGAGCUACACCAGCAGAUAGGGCGCAUCUUGGGGGAUGUGGCUCCCAGCAUGUUCCUGUCCUCCCUCUCUGAGACUGUGGCCUUUUUCUUGGGUGCCCUGUCCAACAUGCCUGCUGUACGCACCUUCUCCCUCUUUGCUGGACUGGCUGUCUUCAUCGACUUCCUGCUGCAGAUCAGCUGCUUCAUCAGCUUGUUGAGUCUUGACAUCAAGAGGCAGGAGAGCAAUCGACUGGACAUCUUGUGCUGCGUGAAGCUACAGGAGAGCCAAGAGUCGAGGACUGAGGGCUUCCUCUUCCGCUUCUUCCGGCAGACCUAUGCACCCUUCAUCCUGAAGGAAUGGGUGCGCCCCCUUGUGGUGGCCCUGUUUGUGGGGAUCCUCUCUUUCAGCAUCGCAGUAACAAACAAAGUGGAGAUUGGACUAGACCAGAAACUCUCGAUGCCUGAUGAUUCUUAUGUACUGGACUACUUCACCAAGAUGAGCCAGUACCUCCACACUGGACCGCCUGUCUACUUUGUGGUUAAGGAUGGUCACAACUACCAGACUGUUGAAGGCCAGAACUCUGUGUGUGGUGGAGUGGGGUGCAACAACAACUCCCUGGUCCAACAGCUCUAUACUGCCUCCCAAAUGAGUAACUACACAAGAAUUGGUUUCCCACCAUCUUCCUGGAUUGAUGACUACUUUGACUGGGUAAAACCAGAGUCCACCUGCUGUAGGGUGUACAACUCCAGUGGUGCAUUCUGUAAUGCCUCAGUGGUGGACAAGUCCUGCAUUCACUGCCGGACCCUGGAGCAGGGAAAGGCCAGGCCCACAGGGGCAGAGUUCAUGAAGUUCCUGCCCAUGUUCUUGUCUGACAACCCCAACCCCAAAUGUGGCAAAGGGGGCCAUGCAGCAUACAGCUCAGGAGUGGAUCUGACCCAGAACAACACAGAUGUUGGUGGUACCUACUUCAUGACCUACCACACCAUCCUGAAGAACUCGACAGACUUCAUUGAAGCCAUGAAAAUGGCCCGAAUUCUGGCUGAUAACAUCACCCAGACUAUGAACCCAGAGGGCAACGCCAGCCAUGUCUUUGCGUACAGUGUCUUCUACGUGUUCUACGAGCAGUACCUCACCAUCGCCACGGACACUGCCUUCAACCUGGGCGUUUCCUUGUCUGCUGUCUUUGUGGUCACCACAGUACUGCUGGGCUUCGAGAUCUGGUCUGCCAUUCUAGUCUGCCUCACCAUCACCAUGAUCCUGGUCAACAUGUUUGGGGUCAUGUGGCUCUGGGGCAUCAGUCUCAAUGCUGUGUCACUGGUCAACCUGGUCAUGAGCUGUGGCAUCUCAGUGGAAUUCUGCAGCCACAUAGUAAGAGCAUUCUCCGUGAGCACCGCGGGCUCCCGGGUACAGCGGGCACAGGAGGCCUUGGCCUACAUGGGUAGCUCGGUCUUCAGCGGAAUCACACUGACCAAGUUUGGUGGCAUACUCAUCCUGGCCCUGUCCAAGUCUCAGAUAUUUCAGAUCUUCUACUUCCGCAUGUACCUGGCCAUCGUGCUGUUGGGUGCCACCCAUGGACUCAUCUUCCUUCCUGUGCUGCUGAGCUAUGCAGGUCCCUCGGUAAAUAAAGCAAAAGCGCUUGCCACCAGGAAAUGCUUCACCGGAACAGAGAGGGAGCGACUCCUAAACUUCUAACUGUUGCAGCUUUUGAAGGCAUUUUUGGGAUUUGCUGGAUUGUGUGUGUGUCUCAGGCCUCAGCCAGCCUGUGAUCACUGUUGCACAUCCUGCACAAAGCUGGGACUUAUUUAACUCAGGAACAUGAGCAGGGUGGAGGGGCCACCUUGCUCUGCACUGCACUACGCAACAAAUCUGUUUUGGUUCCUCUGUCACUGACACUACAGAAGUGCUUUUUGGCCUGCUUCCCCCCCCUGUUGCUGUGGACUUUUGAAAGGGACUGGGAGAAAACGUGAUGUCUUCCAUAGUGCAAAAAGCAAUGCAAUUCCUGGUAGCUGCUCUACUAAAUCCUCUUUAUAAACACAUGGAGGCAAAGAGUCAAACCAACCAGUGUUUAGGCUACUUUUUUCUCCUGAUGGACAAAACCAAAUAUGUAUAAAACUGGAGACGGCUUAAGUGAUACCAUGAAUGAAUUUGUACAGUUGAACAGCAAAGGAUGUGUGACUCUGGACUCAUUAGCUUCAGGCUUUCUGAAGGUGUGGGUUUUUUCUUCUCCUUCCUCCCUUCCCCCCCCCUCUUAAAUUUAAAAAAAAAAAAAAAAAAAAAAAAAACUGAUGAACCUCAAAGCUUUCCCUGGUGUCUGCCCAGGGAGAGCAGUUUCAUAAAUUUAAGUUACUAAAUGAUGCUGUGUCUGAGAUGCCUUUAAACAAGGGAACGUAGAAUUUUGGCUUUGCUUGGCAACUGUUCUUGCCGCGAAAAAAAAAAACCUGUCUUCCCCCCCCCGGACAGGGAGUGACCUGGGCCAUAUUGGAGUGGGGUAGAGGGGUCUAUCAACAGCAGAUAUGGUAGUUGUCCCAUGUGUGCACUGUGGUGUGGUGUACCAGCCUGCUUAACCUCACUGGAUCUCAAGGCAGACAACAAGGAGAUCCACCACACUGUGGAUUAGUGUAAAGAUCAGGGGGAGAAAAGGGACAGAGGGGAAAGUUUUUAUUGGUUUUUAAUGUUUGGAGUCAAAGGUUGCAAAACUAUUUUGUAGGUACCAUGUCUAUGUAAACUUUAAAUAAAGGAAUUGUACUAAUAA